AUGACAGUCGUGCGCAAGUUGUACAGUCUGGUGACGGCGGUGUGCCUGCUAGAGCGCGCGGUAUUCGCCGCAGGGAAUACGGAGGCGAAGCAAGUCACCAUCACAUACACAAAUGUAAAUGGAUUUAAAAACGAACUGAAGAAUUUCCAAUAUAUUUUCCUGAACGAAAAUGACGAUAAUUAUUAUGUGAAGAAUGCAGACAUAGGAGAAUUAGAUAUAGGAGACAACAUUUAUUUUUACAAAAGUUUUACCAAAGUCAUAAAUUACUUUAAGUAUCGCAUUCCAACAAAUAUCCAUUUCGUGUUUGGGUACAAUGAUGGUGACCUGAUUUUGUUGAAGAACAACAAGAAGGGCAUCAUUUGCAAAAUAAAUGAUUUAUUUUAUAGUGAGUCUGGGAUGAAGUACAUGGACAGAAAAAAUGACUUGUAUGUAAAAAAUAAUCCUUUUUACAUCAAAAAGUUUAGUAACUAUGGUUUUGAUGAUGAUGAUUUUGAUGAGGCGGAAGAUCCCUAUGAUGAUGAUCAUGGACAGCUUGGUUAUAAUAGACCACUGGACAAUGAUGAUUAUGAUGAUUUUGACGAAGACUUUGUGAAGCGUGCUGCUAUAUGUGACCUUAGUCGUGGUAACCCCAUGUUCAUGCCUAAGAAACUCCUCUGUUACCCUUCCAGAAAGAAAAACAACGAACUAAAGGCAAUUUUCCUUAAAGACGAACAGUACAAUAAGCAAUUCGAAUUAAGCCUAACUUACAUGAGCAAAGACAACAACCUUCUCUUAAAAAAAAUAGCUAGCUAUUUUAACAUGUUAGUGAAAUUAGAAUUUGAUAAAAUCAAUGUAGCCUACUAUAUAUACAACAAAACGAUUGCAUGUAAUUUUAAGUAUCACAUGUUUAAACUGUUGAAGAAGAAGGAGAAGAAGCAUCUGGAGGAUAAAUACUUAACUUACACUGACGACCAGGUGAAGUCAAAUAAUAAUUUCCUGUACAACACUACACCUCAGUAUAAAGACCAUCUGGGGGAUAACAUCAUACUGUGGAAACACACAAAUAAAAAUUUGACUAAAAAUUGCUUCGAUAAAUGUCACAAGGUUUUUUUUAAUGAGACAGAAUUUAACAAUUGCUACAAGAAUGAUCAUUACGUUUAUGAAAUGCCUUUGUAUAAAGAUAGCUCCAUCAAACAGAUUAAAAAAUCUCAAGUCAAAAAUUUAUCUUCCCUAGGUAGGUACAUAGCUAUGCAUUACCAUGGUAAUGAUUAUGUGUCCAUUUUGAAAGACUUUACUACGUACAUUUAUUUUAGAGUUAAGAACAUGCUAGAUUUGAUUCUGUUUGAAGAUCACCAGAAUGAAGUUGGAUUCUAUUACAUAUCCUUUGAUAAAGGGAAACAGUUAAUUCACCUCUUCAGAUGUGGACUCAAGGCAUACCAAGUGCACUGUAAACAAAUAUCUUUCAUUCCAUAUGAAAAUGUUUCCUCAGACAUUGAACCCAAAGUCUACCUCUCUACUGUACAAAGUGAUGACCUGGGUAUCGUUUUUAUCACUACCAAGACAAAGCUCUGGAAGUUGUAUAAGGAUAAGGAUGGAAAUUACAACAGGAAAAUUAUGGACUCUGUUAAGAACACUAGUGAGGAGUACCUUGGGCAUAUUAACUGCUACAUCGUGCAGACCACAUACGAAUGGAAGUUGCUCUACAAGUAUUUGAAGCACAUCACAAGUGCAGAGGAGAAUAUUAUCGGUUGUUCCUACUUUAAGCACUUUUACCAUUUUGAAAACGCCCUGCUGAUCUCCUUCAUAGAGAACAGGCACUUCAUCCAGCGUACCUACCAUGUGGUUCGAAACAAGGACUUCAUCAUCUCAAGCGGAACAACCAAACUCACCAUACAGGUCAACGAGCUCUUCGACAUACUCAUGCUCUUCUUCAUAGUCCUCUGCGUUAUCCUCAGUGUCUACACCAUAGUGCGCAUGCUCUUCACCAAUAAAAGGAAAGUGGGCAAAAUGAAGCACUACUUCUUUGAUGACACCAAGAAUAGCUGCGCAUCGACGGUUGACUAG